AUGGAGCCUUCCACCAAACGUGGUUUUCCAUCAACUGAUGAGGAAGUUGUGGGCUUUGUGAAAGAUGCAGAAAGUAUAGUGCAGAAAUUGAUUGGAGGAACAAAGGAGCUAGAUGUUAUUUCAAUCUUUGGAAUGGCCGGACUCGGUAAAACAAUUUUGGCAAGGAAGGUGUACAACAAUCCCUCUGUUGCUAAUCACUUUGAUAUUAAGGUAUGGUGUACUGUCUCACAAACAUAUAAUGUGAAGACAUUGUUAGCUGAGAUUCUUGAACAAACAACAUCUAGCAAAAUCAAAAAGGAUAAUGACAUAGCUGACAAGUUGUGCAAGAGUCUAAUAGGCAGGAGAUAUCUCAUUGUAUUAGAUGAUAUAUGGGAAGUCGAGGCAUGGGAAGAUUUGGGAUUAUGUUUCCCUAAAGGUGAAGAUGGAAGUAGAGUAAUUGUAACAACUCGAAUUGAAGAAGUGGCUAAGCAUCUUCAACACCGCAGUGAUCCUUAUUCUCUUAGAUUUCUAACAUUGGAAGAGAGUUGGGAAUUAUUGCAAAAGAAAGUAUUUCGAGGAUAG